AUGUGUUUUGAAAUAUACAUUUAAUUUACCAAGCCACGAUGCGGUUAUUUAGAUGAAGGGUAUUUAAUAAAUGUAGUUCAAUAGUUUUUCAAAAACCCUAUAGAUGGCUUCAAAGUCUAGAUAUGAAAAGUUCUGA